GCCAAAGCACAGCGAGGUUUACCACGUCACGUCACGUCCUCGCGUUUACGUUCACAGUGAGCGAUUUAGAGCUGUAUAGAGUGACCAGUCCACGUCGAAACUUGGGAUUGACAUUAAAAAUCGUCCAGAGAAAUCGGCGUGUGUACACGCCGACUACGAAUAUGUGAGCGGGACGCGCUUCAUCGAUUAGUGCGUCGGUGAGAUCUGGAAUCGGUAGAGAAAGACGCUCCGCAUCGUUUUCCCGUUCUUGGUUCUUCAACCUGCGCCUCAACGAAAAGAAAGUGCCCGGGAAAAGUUAUCGAAGAUGUCAUUCGAAGGCAAAUACAACGCCAAGAGUCCGGCGGUGAAGAGAUUAAUGAGAGAGGCACAAGAGUUGCACGAAGCCACUGAAGAAUACUAUGCAUCUCCUCUUGAAGACAACCUGUUCGAAUGGCAUUUCACAGUGCAAGGACCACCGUCGACAGACUUCGAAGGUGGUGUUUAUCAUGGAAGAAUCUUGCUACCACCAGAGUAUCCUAUGAAGCCACCAAAUAUCAUCCUGUUGACACCAAAUGGACGGUUCGAAACAAACAAGAAGAUAUGCCUGAGUAUCUCUGGUCACCAUCCUGAAACAUGGCAGCCAUCGUGGAGUAUUAGAACUGCAUUACUGGCCCUGAUAGCUUUCAUGCCUACACCUGGAAGUGGCACAAUUGGAGCAUUAGAUUAUAGCACUGAGGAACGACAGAAACUUGCUAAAAAAUCGUUAAAUUGGCAAUGUGAUACUUGUGGUAAAGUUGUGAACUUGUUGUCGAAAAAUUCAAUUAAGAAACCUAUCACCGAGGAGGAGCAAACCAUGCUGAAAACAAUUGCUCUUAAAGCCGAUGAUUCGCCAACGUCAGACGUGUUAUUUACGGAUAAAACAACAAAUGUAACCGAAAGUGAAAUACUACACCGUACUAACGUAGAAACGAUGACGGAAGAAAAUGCGGAUUAUCAACAACCUGAGAUUAUCCUAAAUCGCGUAGAGACAAUGUCGUCUUCAAAUGAUUUAUUUUGGAGUAUUCUUAUCGCUUCAUUAGUUUCCGCAAUAAUUUUGUUAAUUUUACGACGAUUAUUUCUUGUUUAACUUAUUUGUUUUUGCAAACUUACAGGAAUAUGUAAGAAAAUAGUAAAUUUUAUACACGUUUUA